AUGUGUUCGUACUAUCAUGUAUACUCCGCAGCAAGAGAACCGCCGAGAAAUUCAGAAGGUCGCGCAGCCUUUGCCGCCGCAAGACCGGACCCUCGUGCCACGGAAAUCGGUCAAGUGGCCCGGUUCGCCCGAAGUCGUCGUUAUGGCCAGGAAGCCACUCGCGUCGUCACGGUUCGUCGUCAAGGUCCGAAAGCGGGUGGCCUUCAGUGCGCGGCCGUUAGACCUGAGGUCGACCGCAGCGAUAGCGCGCCACGUCGCCGAACUGGGCCGUUUAGGAGAGACGGACAGACGCGGUCGUCCUGUCGUCGGGACGUCCGGGACGUCGACAAAGCGGUGGCCAUUCAAAACCGUCGUGGAGUGGCACACGUGUCCGUAUUGUUGCGAAGUGUUCAGAGAGAAACUAGCAUAUGCCAUUCACGUGAUAGGUUAUUAUAA